AUCACACUUGAGGGCAAAGAGGUUAAGCAGCCGGCAUGGCGCUCCGGUCAAUAAAAUCGAUAGCUAGAAGCUGUCUGUGUUUCAGGCAAAGGCGGUGCAGUAGCGGCGCCGCCAUUUUCCCCGAAGGCAUCUUCCGGUGCCUUUCACCCAAGUUCGGGCAGGAGUUUCCUGAAUAACAGCGAAAGGUUUCCGUUAGCCCCGCCGGCGGCCGAUUCCUGUUCCCUCCUGGUCUCCCCAGGCACGCUCCGCCCGGGUCCGGCUUGGGCUCCCAAAUCCCGGGGCCCGCCAGCGCCCAGCGGCCAAGGCCGGGACCGGGAAAGCCGUGGCGCCGGCUUGUCGGGUCCAAUGGCACGGCCUUCGGCUCCGCUCCCCGCGCGGGGACCAGGAGAGGCCGGACCCGGCCGGAGAAGGGGAAGGAGGCCGAGGGCGGUGAAGUUCGGGGACGUGGCCUUGUACUUCUCCCCGGAGGAGUGGGAGUGUCUGCGGCCCGCGCAGAGGGCCCUGUACCGGGACGUGAUGCAGGAGACCUACGGCCACCUGGGCGCGCUCGGGUGCGCAGGUCCCAAACCAGCCCUCAUCUCCUGGUUGGAACGAAAUACCGAUGAUUGGGAACCGGCUGCUCUGGAUCCACAGGAGUGCCCAAGGCGGGUAACAGUCCAAAGAAAAACCAGAACCAGAAAGAAGAAUGAAGAGAAGGAAGUAUUCCCGCCUAAGGAGGCACCCCGCAAGGGGAAGCGAGGCCGCCGGCCCAGCAAACCCCGCCUGAUCCCCAGGCAGACAUCCGGAGGUCCCAUCUGCCCUGACUGUGGUUGUACCUUUCCCGAUCACCCGGCCCUGCAGAGCCACAAGUGUGCCCAGAAUCUGAAAAAGCCUUACCCUUGCCCAGACUGUGGGCGCCGCUUUUCCUACCCGUCCCUGCUGGUCAGUCACCGGCGGGCACACUCUGGGGAGUGUCCCUACGUUUGUGACCAGUGUGGCAAGCGGUUCUCCCAGCGCAAGAACCUCUCCCAGCACCAGGUUAUCCACACAGGAGAGAAGCCCUACCAUUGUCCUGACUGUGGCCGCUGCUUCCGGAGGAGCAGGUCCUUGGCCAAUCACCGGACCACACACACGGGUGAAAAACCCCACCAGUGCCCCAGCUGCGGGCGUCGCUUCGCCUACCCCUCCCUGCUCGCCAUCCACCAGCGCACACACACCGGAGAGAAGCCCUACACCUGCCUGGAAUGCAACCGGCGCUUCCGCCAGCGCACCGCCCUGGUCAUCCACCAGCGCAUCCACACGGGCGAGAAGCCCUACCCGUGCCCGGACUGCGAGCGGCGCUUCUCCUCCUCUUCUCGCCUGGUCAGUCACCGGCGGGUGCACUCCGGAGAGCGUCCCUAUGCCUGCGAGCACUGCGAGGCCCGCUUCUCCCAGCGCAGCACGCUGCUUCAGCACCAGCUCUUGCACACGGGAGAGAAGCCCUACCCCUGCCCGGACUGCGGACGUGCCUUCCGGCGGAGCGGUUCCCUCGCCAUACACCGCAGCACGCACACCGAGGAGAAACUGCACGCGUGUGACGACUGUGGCCGCCGCUUCGCCUACCCCUCACUGCUGGCCAGUCACCGGCGCGUCCACUCGGGCGAGCGGCCCUAUGCCUGCGACCUGUGCUCCAAGCGGUUCGCCCAGUGGAGCCACCUGGCUCAGCACCAGCUCCUGCACACUGGGGAGAAGCCCUUCCCCUGCCUCGAGUGUGGCCGUUGCUUCCGCCAGAGGUGGUCUCUGGCCGUCCACAAGUGUAGCCCCGGGGUCCAGAACUGUAGCCCUAGAUCUGCUAUAGGGGCGCCUAGCCAGAAAGGCAACGCCCUUUAGAAUGGGAAGGACUGUGUAAGUUCAUUUUUUUUCGCGGAGGGGCCCAGAAAAGGGAAGGGGCCCCCGGUCAUACAGGGCAGAGUCAGAACUAAAACCCAGGUCUCUUGCUACACAGAGCUGAACUUUAUUCUACCACGCUGGCUGCCUUAAUACGUGUGUCUAGAACAGACAGUCCCAGUAGGAGAAGUGACAUUAUUUGGUUAAAGUUUUCCAACCUACCCUAUCCUAAAAGAAUUUCCGUGUGUGGAUAUCGGGCUAAAAGUUCUCCCCAUCUGAUUUACAGGCUUUGUGUUUUCUAGUUUGUGCAUGCAGGGAUUACCUGUCCCCUUGCAUGCAGUCAGGAGGAUCCCAUUUAUGCAGAGCAAGAUCUCCUCCUCCUCUGCCUCUUCCUCCAUACCAGGUUUAAACAAACCUGGUUUAGCCCCCUUUUGAUGAUAUUCCUGCCAAGUGGUCUUCUACCCUUUAAAACCUCCCUUGACAGGGAGCUCACUACCUCACAAGGCAGGUCAUUUCACUGUGGGACAGCUCUGACAAUUAGAAGGCCCUUAAGAACAACAUUCUCCUUCCCUGGAAGCCUUGCCCAGUAUAUGUUUAAAGCUUGAUCUACAUGGCAGCCCUUCAGAAAACUUAACCACAAAUACUCUGCCCCCAUGUUUUCAGGUUAAUUAGCAUUAAUUUGGUCAGUCAUUCCUUAAAGAUAGGUUUUCAAGUCCCACACAUGAUCUCUCCCCAAGCAGGUGCUGGUUUUUCAAUGUCCUUUUUAAAGGAUCAUACAAAGUAAGCCAGCAUCACAGUAUACACUAUACCUCCUUGGUCUGUACUUGUUUUAACAGCUCUAGAUUGCAUUGGAUUUGGGGGUGGUAACAGUGUACCAGGAAUUUAUUGGGUUUCAGACACCUAGAUACCUAAGCUUUUUCUUUUGUUCUAAAACCACAUGCUGUGAAGUAAGUCGUCUGCACCCUGUGUUUGGAAAGUUGGUUCAAGAUGGGUCUGGGACAUAAGCGCAGUGUUUUGAGAGAAGAUUAAUUUUAAGGAAAAACAGGGGAGCUGUGGUCUAGGCAGCAAGAAGUAGAACCAGGACCAGCUUGUUGUACUUUAUCUGGUGGAUUUGGAUUAGUUCCAGGCAGCCAGUAGCUGGAAAAUUCUUGAGAACUGGGUCUCACUCCUCCCUGAGUCUCAUCAGAAUCAGGAGACACUAGCACAGAACCUUCCAUGAGUCCUCUGUGAACAUUUUCCAUGAAAUGAAGUGAGGCCAUUCAAGGGGGUUAAAGAGUUAGGUAACUGAAUACAAAGCAGGAAGAGUCCGUAGUCAUCAAGUUGUGUUUAUGCCCUGCCUCCCUCAUAUAAGCUCCAGACAGCAGCAGCAGCAGCAAUGUGUUUUAAUUUUGACAUGCCUCCAUGGCACCCAUUCCUAAGUAGGUGUGCAGUAAAGCUUUACUGAAUUAAGUAAACAAGGCCUACCACUUUGCCUUGGGUAGCUGUGCCAAACUGAAUUUCCAAACAUGACGUAUCUCAUAUUCCAACAGCUGGUGUGGGUCAUCCUCCUACCCUGUUGCUUCUUCCCUCAGUCCACCUGAUAUCAGCCCCAGGGGGGUGUAGCUGGGGCACACAGUAUUUGUAAUUACCUGUUCUGGUAUUUAGCAAGUUGCAUUGUAACUGUUUGUUUCUCCUUGGAUUGAUGGGCUACCCCAAAAGCAGGGGUCAUACCAGAUUGGGUUUCAUUAAAA